AUGGCCCCGGCAAUGAAGUCUGCGAUGAAGUCCAAGUCCAUGAAGGCUGCCAAAGCCAUGACCAAGAGCCAGCUUGCCGACCAGCUCGCUACCAAGUCGGAGCUCAAGAAGAAGGAUGUCCUGUCAGUCCUGCAGAACCUUUCCGAGAUCGGUGCCAGCGAGGUCACCACCACCGGCAAGUUCGUUCUCCCAGGGCUUUGCAUGAUCAAGACUCGUGUGAAGCCUGCAACGAAGGGUGGCACCCGUAUGAUGUUCGGCAAGGAGGUGCAGGUCAAGGCGCAGAAGGCGAAGACGAUUGUGAAAGCCAUGCCGGUGGCGGCACUCAAGAGCCAGGACGUGUCGCGUCUGGGUGAGAGAUCUAGGGCGGCUGGAAUCUUUAUCGGCGCCUUUGCCAGCUCUUCAGCUCUGCUUGCUUCGCGACUUGCUCCGACCCUCUUGGAAGACAUGGCCCCAGCAAUGAAAUCCGCGAUGAAGUCCAAGUCCAUGAAGGCUGCCAAAGCCAUGACCAAGAGCCAGCUUGCCGACCAGCUCGCUACCAAGUCGGAGCUCAAGAAGAAGGAUGUCCUGUCAGUCCUGCAGAACCUUUCCGAGAUCGGUGCCAGCGAGGUCACCACCACCGGCAAGUUCGUUCUCCCAGGGCUUUGCAUGAUCAAGACUCGUGUGAAGCCUGCAACGAAGGGUGGCACCCGUAUGAUGUUCGGCAAGGAGGUGCAGGUCAAGGCGCAGAAGGCGAAGACGAUUGUGAAAGCCAUGCCGGUGGCGGCACUCAAGAGCCAGGUAUAG